AUGUCUGCGACGGCCACUUUCUCAACGCCGACUACCACUCUUAUUGGAACUUCCUCUGCUAUGGCGACCGUUGCGACUGGGACAGAAACACCCUGCCCUGUGUGUGGAGGCAUGAGCGACGUCCAUGAUUCCUCCGAAGCUCAACGGCGGAUCCAGGAGUUGGAGGGGCAGGUUCAAGAACUGACUGAACGCGCGACAGAUGCUGGGAACUACGAUACGCCGCGAAGCAGCUCAUCUCUUCCACCCUCCCGGUCCCAAGAAUCCGACAGGGCCGUCUCACCGACACAAGCACCCGGCUCCCUCUCCCCCGAACAGCGCCAACAGCAACAGCAACACACCUAUCAAAGCCGCCUCUCCCACUUGACCUCCUACCUGCCGUACCGCCGCGGUUCCGCCGCAACAGGCUCGCAAGCCCCAACCACCCCAACCACCGUCCCAAUCAAUCCACUCGCACAGCAAGCCUCUCCAGCUAGCGCCAGCAUCUUCAGUGACAAUGCCGAGCUACAAGACGCGCUGACCCGUGAGCAAGAUCUCCGCAGAGCCGCGGAGUCGCAACUCGCGCAGUCCAAUACCGAGCUGGAAGAGCUGACAGUCCAACUAUUCAGCCAAGCGAAUGAGAUGGUCGCGCAGGAGCGCAAGGCGCGCGCAAAGCUGGAAGAGCGAGUCGCUGUACUCGAGCGAAGGGACAUCGAAAAACGGAGUCGGCUUGAACGGCUGGAGAAGUCUAUGGCGCGGGUGGAGAGGUUGAAGGCGCUGGUGAAUCCGUAA